AUGGCCAAUAAAGUGAUGGACCUGGUCUACUGGAAGGACAUGGAGCGAACAGGCAUGAUCCUAACAGGGUUAGUGGUCGGCCUGCUGUCCCUGUUCCAGCUCAGCAUCAUCACGGUGAUCUCCACCGUCUCCCUGGCUGUCAUUUGCUUCACCAUCUCAGUGCGCAUCUACUAUCAAGUCCUCUACAUCCUCAGCUGUGGAGACGGAGAACAUCCCUUUAAGUCAUACUUGGACCUGGACAUCAGUUUCAGUGGAGAGGCGGCUGACCUCUAUAUGCAGAAAGCCAUCGUCAUGGCUCUGUCUGCUGUUGACUCUCUGAAGGGACUCUUUUUUGUUACAAACCUUGUGGAUUCUGUCAAGUUCCUGGUUCUGAUGUACCUUGUGACGUACCUGGGAGAGCUGUGCAAUGGCCUUACUCUGCUCAUCAUCAGUGUGAUCGCACUUUUUUCUCUGCCACUUUUCUACAGACAGCGCCAGGAGCAGGUGGACAUCUACUUUGCAAAAAUCACGGCCCAAAUUGACAACGUCAAGGACACCUUUCAAAGACUUGCCCAGGGUGGUGGCCCUCCUCCUGACCCAACUCCCGGUGGCGCCAAACCCCAAAUCCAGUAA